ACUACAUGAUUUCGAAGUUGAGUGGGCGUGUGAAGAAGAAUGCCCCUAGUCCAAAUGCGUGCGUCUAAGCGAAUGGGGCGGCCUGAGCGCAUGCGCAUGGGGUUCAUCGUCCCUUCAACAACAGAAUGGUAAACAACAGAGAGCCGACAACUUCAACAACCCAACGCCAACUCGACGGCACCGACGAUUGACUCCUGUCCGAGUCCCUGUUUGGAUACUGAGAGGCAUAAUCACUCCUUUGACGCGAUUAUAUCCCCCAGGAACCACAGCCCCAGCGAAAGCCCAUGUUACCACCGGUCGCAACAUAAACAACAGUUCCUCAGCCACUUGGAAAACCGGCCCACCCGCGCACAACUCAAAAUUAUUCCUAUUUUCCAUGGAUAUCAUGGCAGAUCAACCAUCGAUGGACAUCAAACCUCCAAACCCGCGGUCUCGCUCCAACACUGCUGUAUCGAGUAAGAGCAGAAAGCGCCCUCUAUCUCGGGCCUCUACGACCAGCGUACAUAGCGGGGCUACUCAACCUCUUCUUGAACAACAACUUGUGGACACAGCCGCCGAGUUCCAGAAACAAUGGUAUGAUGCAAAUACACAGGCACAACAGCGAUACGAGACCUUGAAUCAACAGAUGUCUCCCGAAGAUAUGGUGAUUCAUUCGGCUGCCCAACUCCAGAACCCUCGCGAAUAUGAAAUAGACCCAGCACUUGGUGACGCCCCGCACAAUCCGAUGACAUAUCCACAGGAUGGUUCCUACAGGUCUGAUAUAGGACGUCAAUCUAUUCCCGGGGAAGGAUAUGGUGCAAACUAUGGAGAGGGAGACAGCCAAAUGAUGGAAGGCCGCAGCGACGAGCAAGAUGAAGUGGACUCGUUGGCAGGAACAAGUGGUCCUGCAAAGAAAGCUUCGAAAUCAAGCGCAGCAAAUGAACUGGAGAUGAGACAACUCUUCCACGCAAACAAACAUCGGUCUUUACCAGAAGUGGCAACUGAACUUCAUGGUAAUGAGCGAGGACCACAAUCCGAACGACAACGUCAAGUGUUUGCCAUGCUUUGGAUUAAUCAAGUUUGUGAUAAAGGAAAGGGUUCUGUACCAAGAGGCCGAGUAUAUGCGAACUACGUAUCCAGAUGCGCGACGGAGCGAGUCACUGUACUGAAUCCUGCCUCGUUCGGUAAACUCGUCCGAGUUCUAUUUCCUGGCCUGAAGACCAGAAGACUGGGGGUACGUGGUGAAUCCAAGUACCACUACGUUAACUUCAGUUUGAAAGACGAUCAACCAGAAUUGACGGAAGCUCAAAAACAUCAAGCAAUCCCCUCUUUUGUGGAAGCACCGAGUUUCGCGACCAGCUUCAGUCAAAGUAUGGCAUCUCAAGUACAAUAUCCGAUGGAUAGAGCAGCAUUCCCGUCGCCUGAUAUUCCUCAAAUCCCCGAGCCGCCCAAAAUUCAACGCAACGAAGGGUAUAUCAGACCUCAUAGUCUUUACCAUCAGCCAGAGAUCCUUGGCAUUCCACAGCUUGAAGCCAGCACCAGCAAGAUGUCUCAACAGCUUCACUUUUCACCUCCGAGUGAGCCAAUGGCCCAGGAAUAUGAGCCCAUCUCUCUUCCCAAGAUUGAACCUCACGUUCCUGCAGGCACAGAUCCUGAUUCUGCGACUGCUCUGACGGCACUUUAUCGCUCCCACUGCACCUCGCUGGUUGAUGCCCUCCGCUUCUGCAAGGAAAAGACAUUCUUCCACUUGUUCACUUCAUUCCAUGGUACCCUCACAAUGCCAGUUCAGAAGCUCUUCGCAAAUCCUGCCAUUGCCCCGUGGAUUGAAGAGUGCGAUUUCGUCAUGUAUCAGAAGAUGAUGCGCGUAGUAGCACCAUUAACCCUCCAGGUCGCUCCUAAACCCGUCCUGGACACCUUGCGCAAUAUCUCAGAGCGAUUAGUUCCACACAUCCGAACCUCAUUUCAAGGCCACCCCAGUCAUGUUGUUGACGCGAAAGUCGCUCCGGCAACACUCUUUGCCGGACUACUAGAUCGUGAAUUAAGGGUCAACUUGACCGCUCAUGCAGCAGCCAACAUGCUUUCAAAUCCAGCCAACCGGGACCAAAUGUAUGAAGAUUGGAUCACAAUGGUCCGCACGCGAAAAGUAGCCGAGUGUGUUCCAACGAGAGGAAUGGACGAUGUUGUGAAUCUUCUCCUGACCGAGCUCCGCGACCUCCUCGAUCCAGUCGCUGUUCCAUGGGAGGUAGAAGGUAUGACUCCCUAUGGCGAGAUGGCUCUGCGCACUGGCCGUCAGCAGCAGGCAAGCAUUCACGCCGAUCAAUCUACAGAAAAUGUCUUGGAUCGCUGGGUCAACUUUCUCGUAUCCCUACCCGGCAAGUUCCCUUACGCAACUCAUGCGGAAAUUGUAUGGUGUGUCCAGCGAGUUGGCACCGCCGUCAUGAGGGAUCUGACGAUAGCACAAGGCAAAAGUUUCGGUGCGUGGUGGGUGACCAAGUGCUGGAUCGACGAGAUGAUUUCCUUCAUGGCCGAGCAAGGUGGCUUUAUGGAGUAUAAGACUGCCCAAGCAAAUCGAAAUGAGGGAGCCAAUCGAAGUAUCGUCAACCGAGCUGCCAGCCAGCACGAGAGCAGAUACAGCAGCGGAAGCGAUGACUUUCUAAGAGACAGUGGGAACGCGGAAGGAAGCGUCUCAGCCCCUCGCCCAAUGGAUGUUACCAGUCAAGCAGCUAUGAAUGCUGCCGCCGGCCAUGAUGAUAGCGGCAUUGGAAUCCGAACUCCCGAUGAAGACUUUACGAUGGGAAAGUAUGAAUUUAGUCGAGGCGACUCUCAGCCGCAUCUUGGGAAUGACCUUACGCUCUCGAUGCCGCAAGCUUCGGUGGUGUAGGGUUCGCUCGCUCAUGGGAGGCUAUCAUUCCAGCAUCAAAAAUGAUUAUAUGGCGCAGCAUUGUUCUUUAUCACUCUAGGGACGGCGGAUUGAAGGAGAAACAAAGGAAAUCUUUACGACUCGGACGACGAAAUGACUUGGCUGUAGAUUGGAUGGAACGGGUGUACAAUUGGGUUGGACUACUUGCUUUUGUAUGACGAGAACUAGUUAUACGCUUUGGUUGCGUUGCUGUUCUUCUUCGAGGCCUAUCUUUGGGUUCUUUUUUUUUGGAGCGUUGGUUAUCAUGGGACGCAAAGAAUAUCCUCGAACACUUGAGGUGUUUUUAUUAUAUUGGAAGCUUUUGUAUUUAUGCUUAGCAAGAAGAAGCCUCUAAGAAGCCAGUACAAGAAUAAUC